AUGCCUGCAGUCGAAGUCAAAGAGAACAUAGUCGUGGUUGAGGACAGAGAGAGGGAUAGGGAUAGGCCGCCUACAAACAUCGUUAGCAUCGAGCAGGAGAAUGUUGUAGAGGAUAUCUCUGAUAUCCCCGAGGAGAUAAUCGAUAGAGCCACAUUCGAUCAGAUUCUAGAAAUGGAUGAUGAUGAAGAACGUGACUUUAGCAAGACGAUUGUGUUCGGGUUUUUUGAACAAGCCGAGGAUACAUUUAAGCAGAUGGAGAACUCUGUGAAGGCGAAGGAUCUUUCACAGUUGUCUUCCCUCGGCCAUUUCUUGAAAGGCUCCUCGGCAACCUUGGGCCUCACAAAAGUGAAAGAUUCAUGCGAAAAGAUACAACACUUCGGAAUCAAGAAGGACGAAGAUGGCACACAUGACAUACCGGACGAGAGUGCAUGUCUAGAAAAGAUCAAAAAAACUCUGGAUGUUAUGAAGGAAGACUACAGGCAAGCGGAAAAGUACCUUCUCAAGUUCUAUGACGAUGCGCCUUGA